CUUGGCGAUCCACAGUUUAAGGACCUCCCCAUUACCGAGCGUACCGCCAAAGCCCAAGAAUUUUUUUCAGCUCACAUGAUCAAAGCCGUCAAUGGUAUUCGCUUCCCUGUGAAAUAUGCUAUUGCCCGAUUUUUCGCCUCCCAACAAUGGAUCUCACCAGAGACACUCGCCCAAAUCCUUCCUUCGCGCCCCAGC